GUGGAGAGCAUAACAGCUGGAAAGUCGAAGACGACAACCAGAAACGGGAGAAAACGACAGAAAACGGAUGGAGCGAUAGCAACGCAGUGCAUUUCAUAAAUGUUGAGCCAUUAAACCAUAUUAAUUAAACAAUUGUCGCUGUCGUAAUAAUCUAAAACAAAUACGAAAAAAUCGUGAAAAAAUGCACAGACGGUCGGUGCAUACAACAAUGUGGAGAAGUAUCGAAGCGUAAAAAUCAAAGGCGGCGCCAGCCACUCGAACACCAGCCAUCCAACCAACAACAACAACAAUAGCCACAAUAAUAAAUUGGAGAAAUCAAAAUAAAAGGCAGACAGACAGCAGCAGCUGCAGCUCCUGGAUUGCUCCGCCGAUUUUUUAUGUGUGUUGGCCAUACGCGAAACAGGGGAGCAGCAAUACAAUACAAUAGCAAAACACCGACAACAACAACAACAACAACAACAGCAACAACGACAACAUCAAGAACAACAAUAGCAACAACAAUCACCGCCUUAGCCUUAACCAUAGUGAACACAACAGAGCCGAACCGCAACGCACAGUGUCCCCAGCAAUAGGAAAACAUUAACGCACUAUUUGUCACCCGCAAAACAACAACAACAAAAUACAAUAAUAACAAAAUGUCAUCGCCGAGUGCUGGUAAGCGACGCAUGGACAAUGACGUCAUCAAGCUAAUUGAAUCAAAACACGAGGUGACCAUUUUGGGCGGCCUCAACGAGUUCCAUGUGAAAUUCUUUGGUCCGACAGGCACACCCUAUGAGGGCGGUGUAUGGAAGGUGCGCGUCUAUCUGCCCGAUAACUAUCCAUUUAAAUCGCCCAGCAUCGGGUUUGUCAAUAAGAUCUAUCAUCCCAAUAUUGACGAAUCAUCUGGCACCGUUUGCCUGGAUGUGAUCAAUCAGGCCUGGACAGCGCUGUACGAUCUAUCGAAUAUAUUCGAAUCGUUUCUGCCGCAAUUGCUCACAUAUCCAAAUCCCGUGGAUCCAUUAAAUCGGGACGCGGCCGCCCUGUACCUGCACGAGCCGGAAGAGUAUCAUCGCAAGGUCGCCGACUAUGUGCAGCGAUAUGCGACCGAGGAUGCGCUGCGGGCGGCGCAGCAGGAGCGUGAGAGCAGCGACAGCGAGUCGAGCAUGUCCGAUUAUAGUGAGGACGAAGCCAGAGAUAUGGAAUUAUAAUAUCGGUUUAACUAUAUAAUCCAAAUAACAAAAACAAUAGCAGCCGCGGCAAUAAUAGCAACAGCCUAAUGCCUCGAUUUGAUUAUCACAUACAAUCAGAUCGCCUCUACAUAUAUAAUUCAGAUAAAGCAACAAAACAACAAACCACACAACAAACAAUAUUAAGAUAGUUGUAUAUAUAUAUUUACAAUAUAAAUAUAUAUAUAUACACACCAUGCAUAUAUAAAGAACGUGAUUCGAUGGAGCGCAUAUCGCAACGAUAUGUUAAUGUGCGCGCACAUACUUAUAAAUAUGAUAUAUGAUCUAAUACACAUAUAUAUAUAUAUAUAUAUAUAUAUAUAUAUAUAUUAAUUAACGUAAGCUAAAAGUUUGAAACAAUUCUUAGUAAUUUAGCAAUUAUAGUAGCUUAUAAACAAACAAAAAUCGAGUAAAAAACAAAAUACACAAGCGAAAAACAAAGGAAAACAGACCGAAAGCAAGAAAUGAUAAUAAUUUUUGAACGAAAGCGCAGAGCAUUGAAAUCUAAAAGCAGUACAUAAACUAGAAAAAGAUAUAACACACACACACACACAUAACACACACACAUAAACACACGCUGACAUAUAACUAUAAAGUUAGUUGUAUAUACCCUAUAGAGUAUAUUCCAUAUAUCGUUUAACAACUGUUUUGUCAGCUGUUUAGCUGUAGGCACACUUUUGCCUAAACCACCCGUACACCCCACCCACGGCCACGCCCACUACCCACACCCACACCCCACACCCUAGCAUCCCCCGAUCCCACUUGACUAAGUAGCCUCGCCUUUGGGCUAUCCAUGCAAUCGGUGUACUAUCAGAAUUGGCCCCGCGCCAUCAACGAGAGCAAGUGCAAGAAGUUCAAAGCAAAUAAUUUUUAAUUUUUCGCUAACAAUUUAUUUUUAUUAUUUUUAAUUAUACAUCUUUCAAGCAGCUCUUAUUUCUACAUGUUACAUGCCUAAUAUAAUAUUAUUAUUAAGCUAAACAAGUUGUGUAUGUAAUCAUUUUUUUUUUUUUUAAUAUAUAUAUAUAUAUAUUUACAUAUAUACUAUAACUAGGUUGCCAAUUGAUUGUGUGUUAAAUCGUCUUAACUUUUGUGCGUUUCAAAAUAUAUACACAUAUAUUUAUUAAAAAAAAAAUGCAACGUCAACAAAUUUUUUUUGGUUUAAGCUAGCAAACAUUUCAUUUUCAAUAAUUGUGUCUUGUCUUUAAUCUCUAGAAGCUGUCGUUUUUUUUAUUUUUAUUAAGUUGUCAAGUCGCUGCGAUGGAACAGAACAGAAAGUAAAGUUAUUUAAGAGUUAAACAAAGAAACAAAAAAAAAAAAAACAAAUUUAAAGCGAAAAUUAAAAAUAAAUAUAAAAACGAAUCGUAAAGUUCGUAUAGAGUUGUGUAUUCUAGUUAACUUAGCAAGUUCAAUAAAAUAUAACAAUUUUGUAUAUAUACAAAUGUAUUUGGAGUCUAGAGAGUCUUUAUUCUUAGCUACAGCAGCCGAAGUUGCGACCUAACCUCAAAGUUUCGAGCUAACCUCAAAAUUUUGACCUAACCUCACAGUUUCGACCUAACCUCACCUGUUACGCACACCCCCCCCCCCCCCUCACGGCUUUAAGCAAUAAACCCAGCGCCAUAACAAAAACUACAGUUUGGGAAUACACAACUCUAAAACAUAUACAUACAUACAUAUACAUGUAUAUAUAGAUAUAUAUAACCAGAUCUGGCUCAGUUUGAGGACAGGGCUGCUUCCACUCUUGGAAGAUAGAACGGCUUAACAUCAACUCAUAUCCAACAUUCGAACCAUCAAAUCCUGGGGAAAUCGAAGUAAGUUUAUGAACGAUCUUGAAGGGUUAUCAAGUCGGGUUCAUAAUAGACUAAACCUAGGCGGUAAAUCUAGUAAAUCUAUUUACGAAGAAUUACCAGAAAGAAUGUUAUUGUAAAAUAAGCUGACAUGACGUAGGUUCGAGUAGGUUCAAAUUCAGAUAGGUUGCAAUGGAGAAAGGCUUGUUUUAUAUAUAUUAUUCAAUUCAUGGUAAUUCUAUGAAUAAACUUUUGAGUAAAAAUAAAGAUAAUCGGAAUAAUUGGUAGAUGGGUCAAUUCCACAAACCCAAAAUAUACAUCAAGGUAUUCUUUUCAAAUGCGCUUAAUCAACCAAUCCUCGGUUCCUGUUCGACAGACUUUGGUUCGAGGAAUAAAAGUCUGUUGAAUAGCAAACGAUGCUUGAUAUAGGAGUUCCCUUAGAUUCAGUCUUUAAUAAACCCGACUUGAUGUUCAAUCAAGAUCGUUUAUCAACUUACUUAGAUCUUUCUUAAAGUUGAUGGUUCGAAUGUUGGAUAUAGGUGGAUGUAAAGGCGUUCUCUCUUGGAAGUGGCGACAGAGCGUUGUUCUCAAACUAGCCCGGAUCUGGUACGAUCCGUACCCUCAAGGCGUCGCCUGUAAAGAGAUCUCUCCAUUUGACAGCACAGGAGAUAACAGAUUCAAAAGAUGUGAUCGAUUCAAUUGAAUCGAAAGUAAAGUUCUUUUUUGAAUAAGACUCGAAUCGUAUAAGAAGAUUAUAGCUUUUAUCCUACCGACCACAAACUGAGCUUAGUUCUAUUCCAAUUCAAAAUGCAGAGUUUUGUUUUUCAAAAAUGGAUUGACGAGAAAACUAAGACCAAAUGCUUUCAAAUUCUUAAUCUCCGUCGGAGCCACAUAAUCAAUUGUUCUGCUUGAUAAUUUCUAUAUAUUAUAUAUAUACAUAUAUAUAUAUUUAUAUUGUAUUUGUAGAACCCAGAGAAACACACACACACACACAUAUUAGGCUUGUUGGGGGGUGGGGCUAGGGGUAAAAUCAAAAAAAGUGUAGGUGACAACCCUGCAACAGUUUUUAAAAAAAAAUCAAAUCACGGUAACAAAAUGAAAAUGAAAUAUAAGUGAAAAGUAAAUCGUAAAACGUAAUUUUUAACGUACUAUUAUUAAUUAUGUAUUGUGCUAACAUUAACAAUAUUUUAUGCUUAAGUUUAACAAAGUGUUUAUGAAAUGAUUAUGUAAAAAUAAAUUGAAGAUUAAUACGAA